AUGAUCGAGAACAAUGAAGAUAUUGUUUAUCGUUUACAAAAACGAUAUAAUGAUAUUGCACGUUGUAUAAAAAUAACAGUUGAUCUUCAAGCUACAUCUAUACCAUUAGAUAGAUCACCAUCAGUGACAAAUAUAAUGUCAACAACGAUCGAUUAUAUACCAAUAUUAGAUGAUCAAAAAUCUUUAUCAAUGUUUACAGAUGGUUUAAUACCAUAUCAUUUUAAAGAAUUAAUAACAUCAAAUAUUGAUUAUGAACAUCUUAUUGAUAUUAUUAAAUUAAAAAUAAAAUCAAACGAAAAUAUUUUUAUUAUGCAUGGUCAGAUAGAUGGAAUUGUUGAUAAUGAUAAUGAUGAAAAAGAUAGAAAAUCAUUUGUUAAAAAACGAGAAUUUUUUUUUCAUUCAACUAAUAAUUAUAAUUAUUCAUCAAAAAUCAAUGGACAAAAUCAUUAUACGAAUGAAUUGCCAGUAUCGAAUAAUUUAAUCUCUAUGUCACGAUUUAAUCCAUCCAAUAGAUCUUUAUUAGAAGAACGAUUACGACGUAUACAUAAUAUAUAUAAUGAAACAAAAGUUACUCUUAAACGUUUAAAUGAAAAUGAUAUUGAUGAAACAAUUUGGCAACGUUAUGAACAGUAUCAAACAAUGAAUAGAUUUCCUUCUCAUAAUCGUAGUAAUACUUAUUCCACUAAUAAUAAUAAUAAUAAUCGUUCGUAUCCAACAACUAAUACAUCCUAUCCACGUAGUAAUUAUUAUCGUGAUUAUUAUACUGGUAAUAAUUAUGAAGAUGAAGAUGGAAUGUUACUUGAUAAUGAAUAUGAUGAUUUUGAAAGUAAUCGAGUUUAUCGAGGUACAACUCGUGGACGUCCUCGUGGUCGAGCUGGACGUGGUUCUCAUCAUGGUCAUCCACCACGUGGUGUUAAUCAUUUAACAACAGGUUCAUUUCAAUCGAAUCAACGUUUAAUUCAACCAAAAAUAGAAUCUCCUAAAUUAAAUGAACAACAACAACAACAACAGCAACCUAUUAGAAAUAAACGUAAACCAGUUAAACUUAAAUCUGUAACAGUAACAACAACAACAACAACAGAAGAAAAACCAAAACGACCAGGAAAAGUUUUACGUAGUGGAAGAAUAUCAAGAAAACCACGACGAGAUUUAGAAACAGAUUUUGGUUCAGAUAAUUCAGAUGAUAGUGGAGCAAAAGAUAAAGAAACUGGUUCGGAUGAUGAUGAUGAAGAAUUUGAUUUAACACAACUUGGUCUUGGUUUUGGUAAUUCAUCAACAAUUGUAACUAAAGGACGUGAUAGUUCAUCAUCAUCAUCAUCAUCAAAUGAUUCAUUAACUGUAACAAAUCUUUCAUUAACUAAUUUUGCUGCAUUUGCACAAAGUCAAUUAUUAGCAACAAAUUUAGCUAAUGGAUUAUUAAAAACUAAUGAUGAAUUAAGUAAUGAUUCGGAUUUUAGUAUAGAUGGCUUUGAAACAGAUGAAUCUGAUGAUAUUUUAAGUCAGAAAACAAAAAUAAACAGUGGAAAUACAGAUGAUGAAGAUCUUGAUGAUUUUACAUAUAGUCAAACAAUGUUAUCACUUAUUAAGAGUAUGCAACCAAAUCAUGUUAAAAUUGAUCUUGAUCUUGUACCACAAAAUAAAAAUGUUAAUAGUAAUAAAGAAAAAUUCAAACGACCAGCCGAUGAUGAAGAUAUCUAUGAACCAAAUCGUCCAACAAAGUCUUCAAAAGUUAAAACUCCAAAACGGCCUGGUGCUCAACAAACAAAUAAAUCUUUAUCAUAUCCAUUUCCCAAGAAGACAUAA